UUAAAAAACAUAAGCAAAACAAAAAAAAAACCACAAACCCAAAUCCGCUUAGAGACAAAGACGUGGAGGAGUGGAAGACUGGAAGCCUAGAGAAACUCUGUAUAAAGAGGUUCCAAAACAUAAACAAACCACACACAAAAAAAAAAAAAAAGAAAAACUGGUAACUGAGUUGCCCACAUUUUGGAUGCACGAGUCGAUGCCCAGUGGAAGCGAAUUUGCAGUCGAAAUCCGAAACGGAAACGGAAUUCGCGGCAACAGCCAACAGCAAGAAUAACCACAACAACUAGCUGAUUCUCUUCAAGACUCUCCCGGUUCAGCGUGAGAGGGAAAGAGCGAGAGAGCGAGAGAGAGAUAGAGAGACAGAGAUCAAAGCGAUCAAAAAGCAGGUUGAGCCAAAAGCAAAUUUAAUGAACGGGAACGAGGCGCUAAGCAACUGCAAGAUAGCCGCUAAAGUCAACAAAUUGGCGCUGCCAGCCGCACAAACCACCAUAGACAAUUGGAAUUAACCGAUCGAUCCACCCACUCCCGGAUCGCUGAACGAGAAUCCUCCCAUCCUCUCCCAAUUGCCGCCAGCACACACACAGACACACACACACACACAUCCACGGAUAGUCAGCUGGAAGAAAACAUAGAAACAACAAUCAAAUCAAGUCAGGCAACCAGCAUCGCAUCAACGGAACCGGAAGAGGCAUUAACUGUACAGCUGCAAAAUGGCGACCGUCAAUGUGAACCGCAGCGUGACGGACAUCUUCUAUCGCUACAAGAUGCCGCGUCUACAGGCCAAAGUCGAGGGCAAGGGCAACGGCAUCAAAACGGUGCUGGUCAACAUGGCCGAAGUGGCACGCGCCAUCGGCCGUCCAGCCACCUAUCCGACCAAGUACUUUGGCUGUGAAUUGGGCGCCCAAACGCAGUUCGAUCAUAAGAACGAACGUUUCAUUGUGAAUGGGUCGCAUGAUGUGAACAAGCUGCAGGAUCUGCUCGAUGGCUUCAUUCGCAAAUUUGUGCUGUGUCCCGAAUGCGAUAAUCCGGAGACCAAUUUGACCGUCUCGGCCAAGAACCAGACCAUCUCGCAAUCGUGCAAGGCCUGUGGCUUCCAUGGUCUGCUCAAGGUCAACCAUAAAGUCAACACGUACAUUGUGAAGAAUCCACCAUCACUGAAUCCGGCCGCACAGGGCUCCUCCCUGACCGAGGGCAAGCGUUCCAAGCGUGUCCAGAAGCAGAAGAACGAGAAUUCCGAUGGUUCCAUGUCCAACAACUCAAUGGCCAACAAUUCGGGCGGCGAAUCCGACGGCGGCAAUGGCACCAAUCAUGCCAGCCAGACCGAGGCUGAGAUCAGCGCCGCCAUACCGGAGAAGAGCAUUACCGAGGACGAUGACGAUGGCGGCUGGAGCGUUGAUGUUUCCAAGGAAGCGAUCCGUGCACGUUUGCAGGACCUGACCGAUGGCGCCAAGGGUAUGACCAUUUCCGAUGACUACGACAAGACAGAAAAGGAACGUAUCGACAUCUUCUAUGAGCUGGUGAAGAACAAGCGCGACAAUAAGCAGCUGGAUGAUGUGCCCACGCACAAGGAGCUGCUGAUUGAGGCCGAGCGAUUGGAUAUUGUUAACAAGGCGCCGCUGGUGCUGGCCGAACUGCUCUUCACCGAGAACAUCAUUCACGAUGUGCGCAAGAAUCGCAUUCUACUGCUGCGCUUUACCCACAACAAUCCGAAGGGUCAGCGCUAUCUGAUUGGCGGCAUCGAGCAGACCGUGGAUCUGCAUGCGAACACACUGAUGAGCAAGGUGGCCGGCAUCUUUAAGAUCUUCUACGACUUGGACAUACUCGACGAGAAGGUGAUACUCGAAUGGGCCCAAAAGGUGAGCAAGCGUCAUGUUUCCAAGAAGAUUGCCACCGAGAUACACGAGAGAGUAGAACCGUUUGUCCAAUGGCUCAAGGAUGCCGAGGAGGAGGACUCGUCGUCUGACGAGGAUAACAAUGCUGGCGGUGAUUCGGAUGUGGAAAUCGAAUAUGAUGAUCGUGCACGUGUCGAACCCCUUAAGGUAGCCGCUGUCAGUGCCGCCGUUGCCGCUGUCAACAAGAAGAACGCCAUGGAAGAAGAGGAUGGCGACGAGAUAGAUAUCGAUGAGAUCUAAGCAGCAGCAGCAGUAGCAGUAGCAGUAGCAAUAGCAGCAUCAGUUUGUGGAUUAGGGGUUGGCCAAAAUUGGAAAAGCGCAUGGUUCGGGACAGAAGACGGCAGGACAAGCAAAUCAGUGACGAGUGGCGAGUACCGAGUAGCAAGUAGCUAGUGACAUGUAGCGAGUAACGAGUAGUGAGUGACAUGUAGCGAGGGACGAGUAGCGACUAACGAGAAGUGAGUGACAUGUAGCGAGGGACGAGUAGCGACUAACGAGAAGUGGGUGACAAGUAGCGAGUAACAAGUAGCGAGUGACGUGUAGCUAGUAACGAGUUGCAAGCGACGCGUGACAAGUAGCGAGUGACGAGCAACGAGUAGCGAGUUGAACCAAUGCAACAACAAGAACAAGAACAACAACUGUCCAGCCCAGCGAGCCAACUUUUUGGGGGCGCCCGCUUAACUUUGAUGAUGAAUCGCCUAAUCUCACGACUUAACUACAUUUCGAUUGUAAUCACAUUUGCAUUAUCCUAUAUACCCAUUUGUAACAAUAAACACAAAAUUUAAAUUUAAAUUAAAUGCACAUACUCGAUCUAGUA